AUGGACUCAACUCUGCCAACCAUCACAACACCUUUGAGACCAGACCCCUCAUCGCAAGUAAACUACAAUGAGAUCGGCGCAAUUUUGUCCCAAGCCAGACAAGCCCUCGACAGAAUUGUGAGAGAGGUUGGAGAACUUGACGGACUCGAAAUGACCGCACGUGUGACGGAAGAAUACGACAACAGCCCCGACACGGCCUUUGAAGCACAAGCAACGUUGUUGGAAGUGCUCGACGAGGAGGUGAAGGCGCUCAAAAGAUGGCUGGAGGAACUGCAUGAUCUUGUGCAAGGUGCGUUGGAGGACUCGACGAAUAUUGCAAGCACGACGAUAACGAAAACCGGCGUGGUCGAUGAGAAGCGGCAUCAGGAGUGGGCUCUGACUGGUUCGAGAGCCAGAUACAUGGUUGUGGUACUGCUGCUGAGCGCAUCACUGCUGGCCACCCUGUUCGCGCUCUUCUUCGUGUCGACUCAGAAGUGA